AGAUGCAACGUCCUGUCUCAUGCAUUUGCCUCUUGGUGCUUUGUUCAGAACUUCCCCAAGUGGAGUGAAACUCAGGAGCUAAGAAACCGAGUCACUGUGAAAGGAUGGGAAAUUAUCUCCUGCGAAAACUCAGUUGCCUUGGAGAGAAUCAAAAGAAGCCCAGAAAGGGAAACCCAGAUGAGGAAAGAAAACGGCAGGAAAUGACUGCAUUUGAAAGAAAACAUCAAGAUCAAGAUAAGAAAAGCCAAGAAGUUUCAUCCACUUCUAAUCAGGAAAACGAGAAUGGCAGUGGUUCUGAAGAAGUGUGGUACACUGUCAUUAAUCACAUCCCCCAUCGGAGAUCUUCCCUGAGCUCCAAUGAUGAUGGCUAUGAGAACAUUGACUCCCUCACAAGGAGAAUAAGAGAGUUUAGAGAAAGGUCAGAGACAGAAUAUGCCCUUCUUAGGACUUCUGUUAUUAGGCCUUGUUCCUGCACCCAUGAGCAUGAUUAUGAAGUCGUGCUUCCACACUAAAGCCCUCAAGCUGCUUUGUCACCUUCCAGCAAUGCAGAUGAUGCAGACUAGCAGGCUCUGGAGGAAUUCUUCACUCUGAGUGGUGCACGAAAUAUGCAUUUCUGGCUAAAGUUUAGAAAUAUUACCUUACUGUAUAUCCUUGGGCAACUCUGGAAUGUGACGUCUCUGUGGUUUAGGUGAAAUCAUAUAAAUUGACACAAUAACCUAAAGUAUUCUAUGUGUUUUACUUGUAAAGUUUGAGGACAUGGAGGUGGUUAAAAAAAACAAAAC